GCAAGAUCGCAUCCAUUUUCAGUUCAAUUUGCAAUGCUUCGCAUAAGAAAGCCAGAUGCUACCAUGUUUUAUUUAUAUUAUUCCGUGGCGACUGGGUGUUCUUGAAGGACGCGGAUAUGCACUCAGCAGAAAGGUUUUGUAAAUAAGAAAGACAAAAAGGUGCUCAUUUCACCAGAAUGAGGAUGAUUUGUAACAUAAUCAGACAUCACCAAGCUACGACUAUAACUUAAGAAAAGAUACCUAUCAAAAAACUCGUUUACAGUAGAAGUUACGCGAUUUGAAGAUCUGCUCAAUCAUGCCGGUUCGAAGAGGUCAUGUUGCUCCACAAAACACAUUUCUUGGCAUUAUAAUACGAAAAUUUGAAGGACAAAAUAAAAAAUUCAUAAUUGCCAAUGCCAGAGUGCAGAACUGUGCGAUCAUCUACUGCAAUGAUGGAUUUUGUGAAAUGACUGGUUUUUCAAGACCUGAUGUCAUGCAGAAGCCAUGUACCUGUGACUUUCUUCAUGGUCCAUAUACCAAAAGACAUGACAUUGCCCAAGUUGCCCAGGCACUGCUUGGCUCAGAUGAAAGAAAAGUGGAAAUAACAUAUCACCGCAAAGAUGAAUCCAUUUUCUUGUGCAACACUCACAUAAUCCCAGUGAAGAAUCAGGAAGGGGUGGUGAUGAUGUUCAUUUUGAAUUUCGAUUACGUGCUGGAUGAGGAAACCAGCGACUCCUCAGAUAGACUGAACCAAGCUUCACCUUCCAAAUCUGAACACCGUAAGGGAAGAUUCUUCAGAUUAAGACUGGCCGGUUUGAGACUCUUGGGUACAAGCAAGCAGUCCCUUCCACAGGAGGACCCAGAUGCUGUUUUGGUCCAUUCUCCCAAACAAAGUGAUGACUCUGUUGCCAUGAAGCACUUUAAAUCACCCGCAAAAGAGAGUUGCAGCCCUUCAGAUGCUGAUGACACAAAAGCACUGAUUGGAUCUAGUCACUGCCCAACAAUGAUUAAUGAAUCAGGACCUCUUGAUCACUCUUCACCCAAACACCAGUGGGACAGGCUCUACCCUGAUAUGCUGCAAUCGAGCAGAUGUCUGACCAAUGCCAGGUCAAAGGAGAGUAUUUGCAGCAUGAGACGAGCAUCAUCAGUCCAUGAUGUUGAGGGUUUUUGCACCAACUCAAAGAAUGUUUUCAGGGACCGACAUGCAAGUGAAGACAAUGGUCGCACUAUCAAAGGUCCAUUCAACCAUAUAAAAUCAAGUCUGCUGGGCUCCACAUCUGAUUCAAACCUCAAUAAAUACAGCACAAUCAACAAAAUCCCUCAAAUUACGUUGAACUUUUCCGAUAUUAAAAAUGAAAAGAAGACUUCUCCUCCUCCUUCUUCUGAGCAAACCAUCAUCGCACCAAAGGUUAAAGAACGAACACACAAUGUUACAGAAAAAGUUACCCAGGUCCUUUCUUUGGGAGCUGAUGUUUUACCAGAGUACAAACUUCAGACACCACGCAUCAACAAGUUCACUAUACUUCACUAUAGUCCCUUUAAGGCAGUUUGGGACUGGCUGAUUUUGCUGUUAGUAAUAUACACUGCCAUAUUUACGCCAUACUCUGCAGCCUUUCUUUUAAAUGACAGGGAGGAGCAAAAGAGACGAGAGUGUGGCUAUUCCUGCAGCCCCUUGAAUGUUGUAGACUUGAUGGUGGAUAUUAUGUUUAUCAUUGAUAUUCUCAUCAACUUUCGAACAACGUAUGUUAACCUAAAUGAAGAGGUGGUGAGUGAUCCAGCAAAAAUAGCUAUUCACUACUUCAAGGGCUGGUUCCUAAUUGACAUGGUCGCUGCAGUACCCUUUGACCUGCUCAUUUUUGGAUCUGGGUCAGACGAGACAACCACUUUGAUUGGACUCUUGAAGACAGCUAGACUGUUACGAUUGGUGAGAGUCGCUCGUAAGCUGGACCGGUACUCUGAAUAUGGGGCUGCUGUACUGAUGCUGCUCAUGUGCAUUUUUGCUUUGAUUGCACACUGGCUUGCUUGCAUUUGGUAUGCCAUUGGGAAUGUGGAAAGGCCGUACCUGAUCCAUAAAAUCGGCUGGCUAGAUUCGCUGGGGCAGCAGAUUGGGAAGCGAUACAAUUACAGUGAUGCCAGUUCGGGACCCUCUAUUAAGGAUAAAUAUGUGACGGCACUUUACUUUACCUUCAGCAGUCUGACAAGUGUUGGAUUCGGCAAUGUGUCUCCAAAUACCAACUCAGAAAAAAUCUUCUCCAUAUGUGUCAUGCUGAUUGGCUCACUAAUGUACGCCAGUAUCUUUGGGAAUGUCUCUGCAAUUAUCCAGCGGCUGUAUUCGGGAACAGCAAGGUACCACAUGCAGAUGCUUCGGGUAAAAGAAUUUAUCAGGUUCCACCAGAUUCCCAAUCCUCUGCGUCAGCGACUUGAAGAAUACUUCCAGCAUGCUUGGACCUACACCAAUGGCAUUGACAUGAACAUGGUCUUAAAGGGAUUUCCAGAGUGUCUGCAGGCUGAUAUUUGCCUUCACCUGAAUCAGAAUUUGCUUCAGAGCUGCAAGGCUUUUAGAGGUGCCACCAAAGGCUGUUUGAGAGCUUUGGCCAUGAAGUUUAAAACGACGCAUUCACCCCCUGGAGACACACUGGUCCAUGGUGGAGAUGUUCUGACUGCACUCUACUUCCUGUCUCGAGGCUCAAUUGAAAUCCUGAAGGAUGACAUUGUCGUUGCAAUACUAGGGAAGAAUGACAUAUUUGGAGAAAUGAUCCAUCUGUAUGCAAAACCUGGAAAAUCCAAUGCAGACGUCAGAGCUUUAACGUAUUGUGAUCUGCAUAAAAUUCAAAGAGAAGAUCUCUUGGAGGUCCUGGAUAUGUAUCCAGAGUUUGCUGAUUACUUUUUGACCAAUUUGGAGCUAACAUUUAACCUAAGAGAUGAUAAUUCCAAGACUGACUAUUCACAAAGUAAUGAUUCAGAUGAGGAGGACAGUACAGUUCGUAAAAGAAAAAUUUCCUUUAAACGUAAAACAGAGAGAGUGGUGAGCAGUGAAGAUAAGGAUGGUGACACAACAAAAGAGAACCCGACAUAUUUCCAAUGUUCAAGUAAAGAUUUAGAAGAGAGGAAAGACAGCUCAUUAUCUUUUUCUACCACUGUGGAAGAAGAAACAAUGCCAUUAUGUUCUGGUAUCAUUGGAUAUCCUGCAUUCGUUAAUCCAGCCGCAAUCCAGACCAAAAACAGACUUGAAAAACUGAGUCAUUCUUACAAAGAUCUCAGAGCUGGAGAAUGGGAGAGAAAAAAAACAAAGGAAUAUCUCGAUGAGUCAGCACAAUCUGCAUUAUCUCAAGUUGCACGAGGUCUCUCAGAAACUGAAAGUGACAUCAUGUAUGGGGAAGUGGAGCACAGAUUAGACUUGCUUCGAGAACAGCUAAAUAGGCUGGAAUCACAGAUGACGAAUGACAUGCAAACAAUUCUUCAGAUACUGCAGCGGCAGUCCACACUAGGGCCCCCUGCUUACAGCACGGUCACUGCCAGUUCAGAGUAUCAGAGACCAGCCAUUCGAGUUCAGCCUGUUGCAGCAAUAAAAACAGACAGGAGCUUCAGCACUUCAUCACAGAGUCCAGAAUUUUUAGACUUGGAAAAGCCCACUGUAAAAUCCAGCAGGGUACACCGGAACACAGCAUCAGAAGAUAAUUUAGCUUCCUUUUUGGAACAGGAACGUGACCUAACAGGUCCAUUUCAUCAACAGCAGUCCAAAUAUGUUCUUCUACCAAGCAGACAUCCUUCCCUGCCAGAUUCUUCUCCAAGUACCAUUGGAAUGUUGGGCCUGCAUAGGCACGUUUCAGAUCCUGGUCUUCCUGGGAAAUAGUGUCAACCCAAAUGACCUGCUCUGCCAUUAUUGUGGCUGUUCGUAUUCUUUACAAAUCAAAAUCCUCUUAUGUUUGACUCAGGGGUCUACAAGGAUACUGUCAUAUGCAAGAAUGCUGUAGAUUUUCCUAACCAUAACCUAUAAAGUUAUUGUUCAUUUUAUAUUUUUUAUGGAACACUGCCAGUUAAACAAGGCACUGUACAUGCUUGUUUCAAAACAGAAGAGCAUGCAGGGAACUGUUUUAUGUUGCAUGCUGAUUUGAAUCCAAUUACUUGUCUAAAGGAGAAUCUGUUUUGAUGUUUGCAUGUUUUCUAGGCAAAGUGCACUGCUUUUUAAAGUUGUACAGAAUAUAAAUUACUUGAAACAAAAUUUGUUAAAAGCACAUGUCGAAAUAAAAGAUACCCCAAGUAUUUUGCAUGUGCUUUUAUAAUCCCGUUCAUGGUUUUUAACAUGGCUGAAAAAUAAAAAAUUAGGGAAAAAAAACCUUUGAAAUAUUUGAAAUUUACAGCCACUGAUGAGGCUUGUGAGUCACUGAUGCAAUAACUUUCCUAAAACUUGGUUUAAAAGCCAUCAUUCCCAUGAAGUUACAUUUUAUCUAUAACCACUUAAGUGAAAAUAAUUUUACUUAGAAUGAAGUUGCACCAAUAUACAGAACAAUUGAUUCCAAGAACGUUGAAGGUC